CCGCGCGCGUUCCUUCGCUCAGUUUAUAUUCGAUAUCCAGUGGGAUCAAGCGGGGAUUCCGUCUAACGACGACGAUUCGAUUCCCGCGAUUCGAAUCGGACGCUUUCUUUCACGAGAUCUACGCGAUAACAAAGAAUCGGAGGCGGCGGCGAACAAGUUAAUUCUCGGAACGGACAGAGAGAGAGAGGAAGUAGUGCGCAUUGUGACGUUGGUUUAUCAAGUGGGUUAUAAAAAGAAAUUCUGAAAAGAGAGACGCACAGGUGUCGACGUGGGAAGAUGUUGCCGCCGCGAAUACUCGGUCUGUUGGUGAUCCUCUUCGCUGUACAAGCUUUGUGCAAAUCUACUAAGAGUACAGAAGAAGAUGUGAAUUAUGAGGAGGAUACACCUGUUGAAGAGGACGAUGAGGAUCAAGGGGAAGAUGACAAUAACGACACUGCGGAACCGCAAAUCUUAUCGCAGGGACAGAGUAUUCGCGUACAAGCCGGAAGUACCGUUAUACUACCCUGUCAGAUGAUUCACAUAGAAAAUUAUGCGUUCACGUGGUCGAAGGAUGACAAGAUACUAUACUUCGAGACACUGUCGCAUAUAAAAGAGUCAAACAGGAUCGUACUAUUACCGAACAAUAGCUUGGCGAUCUACAACGCGACAGUUAGCGACUCUUCCGAUGAUUACAAGUGCAAUAUCCUCCGGCAACCCGAAAGCAUACAUUUAACUCACCGUUUGCGGGUCGAUCCCGAAAGGACGCAUCAACAAUCUGCAACCUCACCACCUCCGCAACAUUCACAUAAAGGAAUCAUACGUGUGAUACCUCCUUCGCGACUAAUCAACGCGAAACAGGGCGACACUAUCCAAUUCGGUUGUGAAACAGAUACGCAGCCACCACUUGAAAUUAAAUGGUUUUUUAUGAGCAAGAAAGUGAAUGGCGACGACCCCAACGUGAUUUUGAAAGACAAUUACAUCACGAUAAAAAAAGUAAACAGCUCUCAUAGUGCUCUGUUUCAAUGUCUCGCGGAGGAUGGUUCAAAAACGCCGGCAAUGGAAGCGAUCAAUGUCAUAGUACAAUAUAUACCCGAGAUAGAGGUGAAAAAAAAUAAAGUUCACACCGGCGAAAGUAUCGAAUCGGAAAUGCAGUGCAUUGUGAGCGCCUAUCCUGAGGCUAUAAUAAAGUGGUAUAAAGAUGGUAAGGAAAUUACGCAUAAGAAGGGGUCGGUAGUAAUGCAUCAUAGCACUACGAAAGGCAACAAGACUAGACAUAUUUUGAAAAUUUUGCACACUUCGAAGAAGGACUUUGGCGAGUACAAAUGUCGCGCACAGAAUCUUAUUGGUGAAGAUACAAAAUCUAUCGUUUUGACAGGUGUACCCUCGCAAGCGAAAGUUGUUAGCGCCGAAGUACUCGAUGAUAAUAAUGCCAUUAUUUUAAAAUGGCAUCUGGAGAGUUAUUCACCGAUCAAAGAAUACAAGCUGCAAUACCGCCGCAACGGCGAGGAGACAUGGAACUUUGUUGAGCCCGAAGUCAAAGAAGGUAAUGGAAAUCAAUUUAUCGUGGAGCAUCCGAUCAAAGACCUUCAGCCUGGAUCUUAUGAGGCAAUCCUUAUGGCUAGAAACGUAUUCGGGUGGUCUAUGCCAUCAGAACCGCAUUCGUUUACUGGUGAUUAUCCGUCUGAGAUGGCACAAAAAGAGGGGGGAAACUCGGCAGCUAUCCAAACUUCCAGAGUUCUAACGUUGAUCCUAGUCGUUUUAUCUUGUGCCUUCACAAGCCUGUAAUUCUUUACUUAAUUUUUUAAACUAUGUAGGUAAUUUGCUACAGCCAAAGCAAACACCAGCAGACGCCAUGGUGGAUUUAUUAGCGUAGGAACACUAAAGGGUGAGGGGGGACUCGACGCACGUAGAAGUUUCAUUGAAAUCUUAUUUAGUGCUUUUAACGUGCAUCUUAUUAUACUAUGCUAUCAUAAGUAAACAUUUUUUUUAAUAGGCAUUAUCGCGAUUCAUUAAUGUACAUACAAUUGUUACGUAUGUAAUUGAAAUUUUUGCAUAUAACUCUCCAGGUAUUCUACUAAGAUGCGUUGUAAAGAAAAAAUAAGCAUUUUAAUUGUACUCCAUAAAAUUACGAAUAAUUAUUAAGGAUGUAUUGUACUACAAAAUUUUAUAUGUAUGAUGUGUGUGUGUAUAUAUAUGUACAUAUUAAUUAUAUAAAUCAUUAUAACAACAUAUUAGAAUUAAAAGCUAGCAAAUUAUAGAAAACAUUAUAGAAUGUCACUUUCUCUCUGUUUCUCUUUUUCUCAUAUUCGCUCCAAUUACUCUUUAUUCAUAUAUGUAUAU